CACCUUAUAAAUUUCAUGGGAGUGAAACUAAAAAACCAUAACAUAACUAGACAAAGAGAAUAGGGUGGUGUUAGAAAUUAAGUAAAAUCACUAACUCUGGCCAGAUUUUAUAUUAUACAAAUAAUGGCAAGAGAGUUGAAAAGUUCAGUAGUUCUAUUAAUGAUGGCAGUUGCUAUGGUUAUGUUAGUCACAGCAUAUGAUAUAGAUGAUCCUACACCACCCCAACAAUAUCCGGCCCCGUCGCCGCCCCCUCCGCCGCCCCAUCAUCAUCGUCACACUCGAAAACACUUAUUGUGCAGUAUGAAAUGUGCCGAGCGUUGCCAUGUGCCUAGCCGUCGAUUACCGUUAUGUAUGAGCAAAUGUAUGCUCCGAUGCCUGGCUAAUUUACCAAACUCUGUUGAGGUUUCGAAUUGUACUCUCGACUGUGCAAAUUCUACCAUCUCCGCACACUUUCAUGAUGAGAAACAGUUGGAAAAUGAAGAGGUCUUGCAAGAAGUUGGGGACUUAGUAGCUAUUUGUUGCGAGACCUGCAAGCAAAAGAACAUGAUUUAGUAAUAUCACAACAGAAUUAUUGUAUUCAAAAUGUCCUCAAAAUCAAAUUAAUUAGCCUACAGACCGAAAGGUUUAUUUGAUUUAGCUUUAUACAGGUGAA